AUAGACUUUGACAGUUUGCUGGUGUUGUUACUGCUAUUACUUCUGUGGGUUGCGGCUUUCGGCGUUCCGGACGCAGCACCACAAGAGUAUCGUUUUAUUAGUAAAACAAAGAUACUUAGAAGACUGACGUCGAGGGUUUCGUGACACAGGUGAAACAGAAGUAUGUCGGAACAUGGUUGUGCUCAUUUCGCUGCCUUUGUGAAAGAGUUUGGGCUAGAAUCGUUCAGCGUAGUUCAUGCCUAUUUUAGUGCAUGUAUUAACAAGGAAGCACGACGGAGGAAAGCGCUUUCUUGUUUGUGUCACAAGUGCGGAAGUUCUGGUCCGCAACUGUAUUCCUGCUUACAUUGCAUCUUUUUUGGUUGCAAAGGAGCCCACAUUAAUGAGCACUGCAAGCAUUCGAAGCAUUAUAUUGUCCUAGAACUAGGCUACGGCAUGAUAUAUUGCUAUCAAUGUAAGGAUUUUAUCUACAACAGUGAAUGUCAGGCGAUUGCUGAGAAGCACAUUAAAAAGGAAGCUAGAAGUCUAAACAAAAGUUUAUCCUGGCGGCCAUGGUCUCCUUCAAAACUAGAAAUUGAUUUGUUGCUAAAGAAUCCUAAACGUCGUCAUGUUACGGCUUUUACCAGUAUUGGACUACGCGGGCUGCUUAACUUAGGAUCGACCUGCUUCAUGAACUGUAUUGUUCAGGCGCUGAUCCAUACUCCACUGUUAAGAGACUACUUUUUAUCAGAAAGACAUGAAUGUCCUGCCAAAACGUCGGCGAAAUGUCUGGUGUGUGAGGUGUCCCGAUUGUUUCAGGAGUUUUACUCUGGAGCCCGUGGACCACUUUCAUUGCACAGACUGUUACAUUUAAUAUGGAAUCACGCCCGCCAUUUGGCCGGCUAUGAGCAGCAGGAUGCUCACGAAUUCUUUAUUGCAACGCUUGACGUUCUUCAUCGGCACUGCAAAAUUUCAAUGAAUGAAAUGGCAGCGGAAAAAUCCAAACAUUCUCAGCAGCAGCAACUGCCGCAAGAUACAAACCCAACGCAAUGCAACUGCAUUAUCGAUCAAAUUUUUACUGGUGGUCUACAGAGCGACGUGGUCUGUCAGGCAUGCAAUGGUGUUUCCACAACUAUAGAUCCAUUUUGGGAUAUCUCAUUAGAUUUGGGUGAAGCUCAAAAUCAAGGCUAUGGAGGACCACCAAAAUCAUUGAUAGACUGUCUGGAAAGAUUUACCCGUGCCGAACAUCUAGGGUCGAGUGCCAAAAUUAAAUGCUCCAGCUGCAAGAGUUAUCAGGAAUCUACAAAACAGCUUUCGAUGCGAACCUUGCCCAUUGUUGCUAGCUUUCAUCUAAAGCGAUUCGAACAUUCUAGUCUGAUUGACAAAAAGAUCUCCACCUUCAUCUCAUUCCCCUCGGAAUUGGACAUGACACCAUUUAUGUCCAAAAAGAAAACCGAACAGUUGUCUCCGUCUGCAUCGUCGUCUUCGGUAUCAAAAUCUUCCAAAACGUCAGAUCGGAAGCAUGGCAGCAGUGAAGACGUGGCUGGUCCAUCGCAGCAUGACAGUAGUGAUUUUCGUUACUCGCUGUAUGCCGUCAUUAAUCAUGUGGGAACGCUGGACGCUGGCCAUUAUACGGCUUACGUGCGGCACCAAAAGGAUAUAUGGGUUAAGUGCGAUGACCACAUCAUUACGACUGCCACCUUGAAACAGGUUUUGGAUAGUGAAGGAUAUUUGCUUUUUUACCACAAAAAGAUUCUAGAGUAUGAAUAGUUCAACGAAUUAGUUUAAGCAAAAAUGUCUGACACAGCAGUCGUUAUGUUCCGAACGCUAAAGUGGAAAGUGUGAUCGAAAGACUAGCGAUAGGUGACCUGUAUGGACUUUGUUUGGAAUAAAAAUAUUCUGCCUAACA